AUGUAUCCAGAGGGGAAGUCCCUGGUCCGGGAAUCUCCCCGCUGCUGCAGUGUAGAAUCCCAGCGAUCGUGGAGGAGCACGUGGGCCAGAGGCGGUGGAAGUAGCAGUGGCAGUGACAGCGGCAGCAGCGACAGGAUGGAAGAUACACAGUCAAGCAUGGAGCUGAGGAAUUUACAGGAGUCGAGUGGUUCCACAGAAGGUCCGGAAAUUUUGACUGACUGCAAUUCAGCCAAACUUCAGGAGGUGGAAAAUACGGAUAGUGGAGAAGAAACUAAAGACCAGACUCCCCCAAAUGAAGAUGAAGAUACAGGAGAUGAUUCAAUGAAAGUGAAAGAUGAAUACAGUGAAAGGGAUGAGAAUACUUUAAAGCCAGAGCCCAUGGAAAACGUAGAAGAGCCCGAAUUACCUUACAGCUAUGCAAGAGACUAUAAUGAAUACGAAAGCAUUAAGUUGGAGAGACAUGCUGUCUCUUAUGACAACAGCAGGCCAACUAGUGGAAAGAUGAACUGUGAUGUGUGUGGAUUAGCCUGCAUUAGCCUCAAUGUGUUGAUGGUUCAUAAGAGAAGCCACACUGGUGAACGCCCAUUCCAGUGUAAUCAGUGUGGGGCAUCCUUUACUCAGAAAGGUAACCUCCUCCGCCACAUUAAACUGCACACAGGGGAAAAACCUUUUAAGUGUCAUCUCUGCAACUACGCGUGCCAAAGGAGAGAUGCACUCACAGGUCAUCUUAGGACACAUUCUGUUGAGAAGCCGUACAAGUGUGAGUUCUGUGGACGGAGCUAUAAGCAGAGGAGCUCCCUUGAGGAGCACAAGGAGCGCUGUCGAACGUUUCUGCAAAGCACUGGCAUUUGCGACACCGCGAGCGUGGAGGCGAGACAUAUCAAAGCAGAGAUGGGAACCGAAAGAGCUCUCGUCCUGGACAGAUUAGCAAGCAACGUGGCAAAACGAAAAAGCUCGAUGCCUCAGAAGUUUAUUGGUGAGAAGCGCCACUGCUUCGACGUCAACUACAAUUCCGGCUACAUGUACGAGAAGGAGAGCGAGAUGAUCCAGACGCGGAUGAUGGACCAGGCCAUCAACAAUGCCAUCAGCUAUCUGGGGGCAGAAGCUCUCCGCCCCCUGGUCCAGACCCCUCCGGCCCCCACCUCGGAGAUGGUCCCGGUCAUCAGCAGCAUGUACCCCAUCGCACUGACCCGCUCCGAAAUACCCAACGGCACCCCGCCGGAGUUGGAGAAGAAGAGCAUCCAUCUGCCGGAAAAGAACCUGUCUUCCGAAAGAGGCCUCUCCCCCAACAACAGCGGUCCCGACUCCACGGACACCGACAGCAACCAUGAGGAGCGCCAGAACCUGGCCUACCAACAGAACCACCUGCUCGCCUCCCGGGCCCGCAACGGGCUGCCGCCCCUCAAGGAGCUUCCCCGCUCCUACGAGCUCCUCAAGCCCCCGCCGAUCUGCCCCCGGGACGCCUUCAAGGUGAUCAACAAGGACGGGGAGGUGAUGGGCGUUUACAGGUGCGAUCACUGCCGGGUCCUCUUCCUGGAUUACGUGAUGUUCACCAUCCACAUGGGUUGCCACGGCUUCCGUGACCCCUUCGAGUGUAACAUGUGCGGGUACCGAAGCCACGACCGGUACGAGUUCUCUUCUCACAUAGCCCGGGGAGAGCACAGAGCCAUGCUGAAAUAACCUGCCCACUCUUUCCCAGAGACCUGUAGAUCUCUCCC